CGGUGUCAUGGCGGCGGCGGCGGAGGAGCCGGAGGUGGAUAUCGAAGGGGACCCGGCGGCCGUGCCCGGAGAGGCGGUGCCGGGAGGUCGUGAAAACACAGCUUCAAGCUUGCUGCAGGAUCACUAUCUUUAUUCAUCUUGGAGAACUGACAACAGUCUCCCAUGGACAUUGGACAGCAGCAUUAGUGAAGAAAACAGGGCUGUCAUUGAGAAAAUGUUGCUGGAAGAAGAAUAUUAUUUAUCUAAUAAAUCACUUUCUGAAAAAAUAUGGUUCAAUCAAAAGGAAGCAGAGAAGAGAUCUAUGAAAAGCCCACAUAAGAAAACUGGAAAAGUCAUGGUGCGAUCACCUACAAAAUCAGCUAGCUACUCAUUAAAGUGGACAUCAGAAGAAAAAGAACUGUUUGAACAAGGACUGGUGAAAUUUGGCCGCCGGUGGACGAAAAUUGCCAAGUUGAUUGGAAGUCGUACUGUUCUACAAGUAAAGAGCUAUGCUCGGCAGUAUUUUAAGAACAAGGCAAAAAAUGGUGAUUCUGAAAAAGAAGAGCAAAGUCAGUGUGGGAGCAGUCUUCCCACUGAAGAUGGGAUAAGGGUAGAAGCGUGGUCGUCUGGAAACUUGAGAGGCCGUGCAGAUCCCAAUCUGAAUGCAGUGAAAAUUGAAAAGCUAUCAGAUGAUGAAGAAGUAGACAUAACUGAUGACAUGGAUGAACUACUUUCUCCUACCUUCCAGCAAGAAACUGGAAAAUCUGCAUUAUCUGUUGUUUCAAAAAGUCCAGUUGAAGAAAGGAAGGGAAUGGAACAUGGUUUUUCAUCUGUUGGACACAGUUCUGCAAUUUCUUUAGCUAAAGAGGAUCUUCAACAUACCAAGCAAGAUACAGUGGAUGCAUUAGUAUUUCCAGGUGUUGCAGCAACAUGUUCUCCGCACCUGAACGGUGACAAAUCUGUGAACCUAGAUUACCAGCAAUACAAUAAUUCUGUUGAGAAAGCUGAACAAGGCAGACUAGUAACAUCUAGUGGUACUAAACGAGUAACUGAUCAGGAGCGUAAUGAGGAACAGAGAGACUUGGCUGAUAAUGGAUUGCUUUUUCCUUCCCCCUGCCAAGUGGAUGAAGAUCAUCAAGAAGAAGCAGAGGAGCUUAAGCCACCUGAUCAAGAAGCAGAGGUUGACAGAAGCAUCAUUCUGGAAGAAGAAAAGCAAGCUAUUCCUGAAUUUUUUGAAGGGCGCCAGGCCAAAACACCAGAGCGUUAUUUGAAAAUUAGGAAUUAUAUUUUGGAUCAAUGGGAGAGAUGUAAACCCAAAUACCUGAAUAAGACUUCGGUACGUCCAGGCCUUAAGAACUGCGGUGAUGUUAACUGCAUUGGACGGAUCCACACAUACUUGGAACUAAUAGGAGCAAUUAACUUUGGCUGUGAACAGGCUGUCUAUAACCGACCGCAACCAGCUGAUAAAACACGAUCCAAAGAAGGCAAAGACACAGUGGAAGCAUACCAGCUUGCUCAGCGCUUGCAGUCCAUGCGUACAAGAAGACGGCGAGUGCGAGACCCUUGGGGAAACUGGUGUGAUGCAAAGGAUUUGGAAGGACAGACAUUUGAGCAUCUGUCUGCUGAAGAAUUAGCAAGAAGAAGAGAAGAAGAAAAACUGAAACCUGCAAAAUCUUCUAAAGGUUCAAGACAAAUAAAAAGUUCCUUUGAUCCCUUUCAGCUGAUACCGUGCUGUUUAUUCACUGAAGAAAAACAGGAACCUUUUCAGGUGAAAGUGUCUUCCGAAGCACUUUUAAUAAUGGAUUUGCACUCUCAUGUGUCUAUGGCAGAAGUAAUAGGGCUGCUAGGUGGAAGAUACUCUGAAGCUGAUAAAAUUGUAGAAGUUUGUGCAGCAGAGCCGUGCAAUAGUCUCAGUACAGGCCUGCAGUGCGAGAUGGAUCCAGUAUCUCAGACGCAGGCCUCGGAAACGCUGGCCGCCAGAGGAUACAGUGUUAUUGGGUGGUACCAUUCCCACCCGGCCUUUGACCCCAACCCCUCAAUACGAGAUAUUGACACGCAGGCUAAAUACCAGAGUUAUUUCUCCAGGGGUGGUGCCAUGUUCAUUGGAAUGAUUAUAAGUCCUUACAACCGAAAUAAUCCUCUUCCAUAUUCUCAGAUUACUUGUCUAGUAAUUAGCGAUGAGAUCAGUUCUGACGGUUCCUACCGCCUGCCCUACAAAUUUGAAGUACAGCAGAUGUUGGAGGAACCUCAGUGGGAAUUAAUAUUUGAAAAAACACGAUGGAUAAUUGAAAAAUACAGAUUCUGCCAUAGCAGUGUCCCCAUGGAUAAAAUUUUUCAUAGAGAUUCUGACCUGACUUGUUUGCAGAAACUUUUGGAGUGCAUGAGGAAGACGUUGGUCAAGGUUGCGGUCUUUCUGAUCUUCCGUUCUAUGGGGAGAUGUUAUGUUGUUCCGCCAGAUCAUUGUGAUUUGUCCACUUCUAAUUGCCACUGUUUCCUGUGGAAACAAGAGCUCUUGAUUGAUGGCAAACUGAGUGCAACAAGCAGAAAAUUUGAGCUACACUCUCGGUGAGAAAGCAUUCCUUCCCUACUUAGUUGUGGUCUGCGGUGUAAGGUAUUCUUUUGGAGUUUUGCAUAGGUUACUUUCUAGAAAAAUCACACGGUGUAAAUGUAUGUACUAAAAGCUGUAAUUAGUUCUGAUUUGUAGGAAGAGAAUUUUGAACCUCUUGUGUAACAGCAAUAGGAAGUAGAUAAUGUUCUUUGUCCACAUACAGUCUAUUUCCAGGCAUUUAAGGAUGGAUGUCAGUAUUAACCCAGUAGUGGUAACAAUGUGCUGGCUGCUUCUCUAUUUAAUGAUUAAAAUGAGUUAAAGUACUACAGUUGUAUUCAUUGGAUUUAACAGUGAUGUUAUGUAAGAAAAGUUUUGAGUAAAACAUACUUGAAGCAGUUUGUCUCUUGAGAAGAGGAUGUGGUGCAGUAUUGAGCCUUUGACAUGCACACAAAGACUCCAGAUUCUGUAAGAGUUCAUUAGCAGGGUGGUGUGGGAGGAAAUAAAACUGCUAGACCAUCCUAAUCCAGUAUUAUCACCCAAUACUGUAUGUGAAUUGGAAAGACCACACUUGUGAUGCUAAGUAAUAAUUUUGUUGGCAGGAAAGAACUAACCUACUCUUCGUAAUUUAUUUUGACUGUGCAGUUAACAAUACGAGUUUGGAAGUUGCAUGCUUCUAAGAAGAUAAAAAUCCAUUUUACUAAUACUACCAGUUUUGCUACCAAACGCAUAUAAGGCAUUAAAUAUUUU